AUGGAUGUUGUACCCAAGUGUGAGAUUAUUCAGGAACUGGAUAUUCUUGUUGACCACUUGAGCGGUGAAAAUAAAGCAUUCUUUUUCCCUGUUACCAUAAGGCUUCCUAUUGGUCCGCAUAGAGUCAUAUGGUUCGUUUUCAACAUUCAAGUGGCCAACAAGAAUCUACAGCUUCUACACAAUCUCACUCUUGGCUACAAUAUUCAUGACAACUGUAUGAGUGAACGUGGCACUUCAGAUGCCUUGUUGGACAUGCUUUCUACUGGAGAAGGCAAUGUUCCCAACUACAGUUGUGGAAGGAUAGACAAUCUUUUGGCUCUUCUUGAUGCAGCUUACGGGGACAUCUCCAUCCAGAUGUCAACUUUAGUAGGCAUCUAUAAAGUCCCACAGGUCUGGCCUCAGAAGGAUAAUGUAGCACUUGGGGAUGAAGAUACAACCCAACAGACCAGCACUGGAGGCCAGGAUGGAGAAGACCUGAACAGCUAUCAUGUAUUUCCCUUUGGUGCUCAGGAGAUCAACCAGGAUCUCCAGCUGUUACAUAAAAUCUCCCUGGGCUACAACAUCUAUGGCAGCUAUUUCAGCACUAUCAUGACUUCGGAUACCCUGCUGGAUUUGCUUUCUACUGGCAAGACAAAUAUUCCAAACUACAGAUGUGGAAGACAUAAGAGACCCUUGGUCAUCUUUGAUGGGUCCAAAACUGAAAUCUCCAUCCAGAUAGUAGAUAUGCUGGGCAUAUAUAAAAUUCUGCAGGUCAGUUUUACUUUUGUUCCACAGGCUUUGAGUGACAAAUAUCUCUUCCCUUUUCUCUACCAAAUGGUCCCCAAAGAAGGAGUUCAGUACCCCACAAUCAUCAAACUGCUCCACCAUUUCAGGUGGACCUUGUGGACACAAGUCAAUGUCUUUGUUUACUCAGUGGAGAUGGAUUCCUUCACAACAGGAAUAAUGAUUAUGCAGAAAAUAGCUGAAAUCUGCACAAAAGCCACAACUGGAAAGUCCANCGAGCAGGCGGCGCUGCUGCGAAGGAAGAGCGUCAACACGACCGAGUGCGUCCCGGUGCCCAGCUCCGAGCAUGUGGCCGAGAUCGUGGGCCGGCAGGGUUGCAAAAUCAAGGCCCUGAGAGCCAAAACCAAUACGUACAUCAAGACCCCCGUGCGUGGAGAAGAGCCUGUUUUCGUGGUCACCGGCCGCAAAGAAGACGUCGCCAUGGCCAAAAGGGAAAUUCUUUCUGCUGCUGAGCACUUCUCCAUGAUAAGAGCUUCGCGCAACAAGAAUGGCCCUGCUCUGGGAGGCCUGCCUUGUAACCCCAACCUGCCAGGCCAGACUACAGUCCAGGUCAGGGUGCCUUACCGUGUCGUCGGGCUGGUGGUUGGCCCCAAAGGCGCUACGAUCAAAAGAAUUCAGCAGCAAACCCAUACCUACAUAGUUACUCCCAGUAGAGACAAAGAGCCAGUUUUUGAAGUAACCGGCAUGCCGGAAAAUGUAGACCGGGCCCGGGAAGAGAUAGAGAUGCACAUCGCCAUGCGCACUGGAAACUACAUUGAGCUCAACGAAGAAAACGAUUUCCAUUACAACGGUACAGAUGUCAGUUUUGAAGGAGGAACCCUUGGAUCUGCCUGGCUUACUUCCCACCCAGUCCCACCUCCCAGUCGCACCCGGAUGAUUUCCAAUUACAGAAACGACAGCUCCAGUUCCCUAGGAAGUGGUUCCACCGACUCCUACUUUGGAAGCAAUAGGUUGGCUGACUUCAGCCCGACCAGUCCAUUCAGCACUGGCAAUUUUUGGUUUGGAGAGACCUUGCCUUCCGUGGGGGCAGAGGAUCUGGCCGUCGACUCUCCUGCCUACGAUUCCUUGCCCACCCCUUCUCAGACCAUCUGGACCCCUUUCGAACCCGUCAACCCACUCUCCAGUUUUGGUAGCGAACCCGCUAGUAAUGUGAAAUCUCCGCGGAAAGGGAGCCAGCCCUCCACCCCUCGCUUGUCACCGACGUUUCCCGAGACCUUGGAACACCCCCUCGCCCGCAGAGUGAGAAGCGACCCUCCCAGCACCGUCAACCAGGUUGGCCUUCCCAUCUAUAUCCCUGCCUUUUCCAACGGUACCAACAGCUACUCUUCUUCCAACGGUGGCUCCACAUCUAGUUCCCCUCCGGAGUUAAGACGGAAGCACGACUGCGUGAUCUGUUUUGAGAACGAAGUAAUCGCUGCCUUGGUUCCAUGUGGCCACAACCUUUUCUGCAUGGAGUGCGCCAACAAGAUCUGUGAAAAAGAAGCACCAUCGUGUCCAGUUUGCCAGACAGCUGUUACUCAGGCGAUUCAAAUUCACUCUUAAAUGUAUAGAGAUAUUAUAUAUGGACUUUUUAAACUCUUAAAGGCUUGGAUGUAAUGGUACCCCCCUAAGUAAACUUAUAAUGAACUCAGACUGUUACGGGGCUUUCUUGAGAUUAGGCUAACAGUUGUUUGAAAAGCAUGUACUCUUUUCAAAAAAGAAAAAAAAACACAAAAACCAGGCUUGUUCAGUUAACCUUAUAGGCCUAAAGCCAAUCUUUUUUCCAUUUUGGUUGCAGCUGCCGUACCUCUAACAAAGUCCUAGAAGGAAGCCGUGGUGUUUUUUUGGGGAGGCCUUAGGGCCUUCGAUCUGUUUUUCAGAGGGGGAGCGUACAGUGAGCACUUGCAGUCUGCCCAGAACUUGACAAAAGUAUUUCUAAUAACUGCAGUGAAAGCGAAGUCCCGUGUAGUCCUUGAGCGUAGAAACUCUUAACGGGAGGGGGGGAUAAACGGUGCAAAGGAUCAUGAAUGUUUCAAAAUAACUUCCAGUGCUGCCUUCUUUACACUGCCAGUUUUUUUCAGAGCAGGUUUGGGGGGGGGGAUGCUUUCAUUCCCCCCCCACCCCAUUCUCCUUUACACAACAAUAACAGGCUUCAUUUACCUAACGUUGCAAAUAAUUUUACCGCCUGCCGGAUUGGUUUCCUGGCCAUUCGAGCGAGGGGUGUCGCCUAAGCGAGAAGUUUUUAUUAAGCCGUUGGUGGUUCGCGGAGGACCGUCCAAAGGGGCGGAUGGAGGAGGAGCCUCCUCUUCUCAUCCUGUAUGCAAAUUGAGGCAUCUUUAAGCGAAUCAGGAAUGUGUGGGUCUUCCAUUACUGAAGCCUGGAAAAGCCUUCUUUGUUUCAAAUCAUUGCCAAGGGACACGGGAGCUCCAGCCCCGGACAUGUAGCAGUUUGGUUAUUUAUUGGCGGGGAGUAUCUUAGACAAUGCUCCUUACGCGUGAAUUGCUACUCCCUUCCAUUGUGUCUAGAAUGAGGAUGCUGACAUUCCAUUGGCUCAUGCGAUGAAGAUGUUCUUAAAUUUAACUAUUUUAGCAAAUAUCAAGAGUGUAAGAAAAUGUGAAUCAUUUUUUUAUGUUACAACCACGACUUGCACAUGAUGUGAAACUUGUCUUUUUUUUUGUUUUUCUUUUAAUCACACGGGGAGGAAGAGGAAGGAGUAACAUCCACGUUUUUUGUAUCAUUCAGUGAUAAAUAGCAGUGACAGACUCAGCAAAACGGUUUAUUUCAUUUCAAAACUACGCUUCCCUCUAUCAAGGAAAAACAAUUGACCUCUGUUGAUUUCUCUAAUGUACAUUUCAGCCUGUGGAUGUUUCUCCUUCCAGCACUUCACCCUCAGAAUUUCCCCGUUUUUAAAAGAACACUCAGACGUUCUGAUGGGUUUCAUUUUUCUUCUUCUUCCUCUUUCUCUCUUUCUCCUUUAAAAAAAAAAGCACUUCUCUAUCUGUCCUUCCUUUGGUUCCCUCUCUUUUUUGAGCAAUAUCUUCCCAAGAUGAAAUAAUGUUUUCUCAGAAUAGCAAAUUCUACGUGUAUUGAACUAGUGAAUAUACAGAAAUCUUUAUUUUUUAUUUUCCACUUGAAAGAGUUACAUUUCGUAUAUUAAAAAAAAAAAAAGUUUA